GAGUCUGACCAUGAGUUUAGGAUCAGUUCUUGUUUAAACCACUAUGAAGACAGCAGCACUUGUUCUUGCCUUUGCUCUUGGAGUCAGCUGUGACGGAGUUCACAACCACAACCAUGCUCCCAGAGCUGGACGGCAGCAGGCUCCUCUAGACUCCUAUGGAGUGGCUGACCAGGCUAGUUACGGAGAUCUCGACGCUGCUGCAUCUGAUGCUGGAGCAGAUCCUCUGGCUAUGCUGGCUUCCUCUAUCCCCGGAGUACCUGGUGAGGAUUACCCAAUUUACGCUGAAGUCCCUGAGUCUGGAUUCACCUGUGAUGGUCAAGUUGAUGGAGGUUAUUAUGCUGACCCCGAGGCUGAAUGCCAGGUGUUCCAUAUCUGCACUGCUGACGGUCAGGGUGGUCUCGGCAAGUACAGUUUCCUCUGCCCUAAUGGAACCAUCUUCAACCAGAACUACUUCAUCUGCGAUUGGUGGUUCAACUUCGACUGCUCCGAAGCUGAAGGUCUGUUCUCCAAGAACGACGAGAUCGCUGCUGAGCGAGCUGCUCUUGAUGCUUCUGCUUCAGAUGCCCAAGCUGAUUAUGCUGCUCCUCCUGUCGCUGCUGCUUUUGACGCUCCCGCUGAGUAUUCAGCUCCCCGAGAGGGUCGCCAGAAGUCCGGAAGAGCUGGAAGAAGACAGCAGGGUUAAACCCAACCCGGAGAAAUUCCCAGCCAUAAUCUUAUCUCCUAACCCUAUUCUAGUCCUGUUACCACGUCCCUCAUCCCCAUAGAUCCUAUUCUAGUCAAAUCCCUUAUCUUAGACCAAUCCCCCUACCCCCUCCUCCUAUCAUUGAUCCCUCCC